ACUCGGUUCAGGCGGGCUGGUUGAACGCGUAGCAAAUGCUUCAGUUUACUGUUGUGGAACAAAACUAACAUUUAUUAGAUAGUUUCACGUGUUAGUAAGCUAAAGUAACCACAUUUCACUCGGUGAACGAUUGGACGCAUGUUGACGCAUUUGAAACGAUCGGCAAUUAAAGCUAGGUUAGCUAGCUUCUCCAUCGAGCAAACAUUAGCUUGUGUUUCUUACUAAAGGUACUAUUGUUGACUUUACAGCUAACCUAACGUUGAUGUGUUUAAUGUUCGCUGAAUAAAAAGCUCGUAAUUUUACAAGCAAUGGACCGACCAUCAAGGAAGACAAAGACUGUGAAUUACUGUGAAGCCAAUGACUUUGAUGAUGAUGAUGAUUUUGCCAGUGCGAAGGCUCCACCCAGCAAAAAGGCCAAGGAGGAUGUGAAACAGGAGCACAAGAAAUCAUCGAGCAAGUCCUCCAGUCAAGAGUUCAACUCACAAUCCACAGUGAGCCAGAAGAGCAGAAGACCAUUGGAUGAGAGGUUGCAUGAAAGAGAUCUAGAAGCAGCCAUUACACUAUCCUUGCUAAAAGAUCAGUCUCCCACCAGUAAAGGAGAUGUCAAGAUUCAAGUUGCAGUAGAUGAAAACACAGAUCCAACUUCUUUGCACCUGUCCAACUGCAGUGUGAAUAGUGCAAUUUUGGGCCUUGAUGAAAUCAUACCAGAAAAAGAGUCACUUACCCUUUCCAGACACAAAAAGGAAGCUGCCACUAAAGCCACUGAGGAGCAGAGGAAGAAGCUUACAGAUGAUGAAGACUAUGAGCCCAAACUGACACCAGAUUCAGAAAGUGAUGACAAUUUCAGUGAACCAGCUGAGAGCGAAGAUGAGGAAUUCACAGUGAAGAAAGUCAGCAAAACAAAAAAGAAGGAGAAAGUAACCAAGAAUGAGAAACCCAAACAGCCUCCUGCCUCUAAAAAAGAAAAGCAUCCAUCAAAGUCAAAAUCACAGGCAGCAGCAGCUUCCACACCGGUGAGAAGUCCUCCAACAGCCAAACAUGCACCCAAAAGACCUGCUUCAUCCUCCACAGUUUCCACAUCGAAACCUGCAUUCUCUAUGAGCCCAGCAGGGGGCAGAAUACCCAAGUGGACCCCACCUGGUCAAAUUGGUAGAAGUCCUAACUCAUCCCAGAGUCCAUCAGUGAAGUCUCCAGGUCAGGGUCUGCGGCUGGGACUGUCCCGUGUGGUUCGAGUCAAACCUCUUCACCCCAGCGUUGUGAGUCACUGACUGAAUGAUCACCUGUCUGCGGAUGCCCCUGUGUGUGUCGGUGACGGCCAAUUCUUGUUGUCCUUUUAGCGUUAUCUCUUAUUUUAAAAAACGAUGCUUGUAAAUAUUAAUUUCUAAUAUUCCUUUACUUGUGCUACUAUACAUAUGAAGAGAUUCCCAGGAUAUAUUUUCACAUGAUGCUCUCAGCUUUGGGCACAUAUGCGAUUUGCACCUUGAGCUAUUAUUUCACCAUACAUUGUAAAAAGGUCAUGGAACAGUUAUAGGCUGUGCUUUGUUAACUCUGGUCAUUGAAGUCAUAAUUAAUGUCAUUGUCGCAUCGUUAUCAGUAGUAAUUGUGUAGAUUUUCAGACCGGCAUUUCGAAAAGAAUGAAUUGUCUACUUUUUUUUUUACUUUUUUUAAACUAUUCUCAUAAUUUUCUCCACUUUUUCCUAUUGUGUGCAAAUACUGUAUAUUAUGUACAUAUAUAUAAUAAAGGUAACACUUUAUAUUAACCAUCA